GAGUCAGUUGCUUACGAGACUUCAUUGAGAGUACAAUAGAUCUAGGUUGGUUAGUUUAGUGAAAGAAGCAACCUGUGCACAAUUUAACAGAAUUUUAUAAAUGCAGCUUGGCUAAGUACUGCACUCGAAAGAUGAUGUACGUGAAUGCUGCGGUGUGCUUGUCAGUUUUGCUGUUGGUAAUUGGGCUGUCCGUAGGGCACAACGUUAUUAACUUCAAAGGAAGUGAUGCUUUAAACUCGGCGCCACUUAUCGAUGGUCACAAUGACCUGGCCUACAACUUGUAUGAUUUGUUGAAUAACAACUUAGACAGAUUCAACUUCACUAAAAAUUUAACCGAUGACAAAGUAUGGGGUACAAAUGUAUGUAACACAUGUAACACAGACCUGCCCCGAUUAAGGAAAGGAAAAGUCGGUGCACAAUUCUGGGCCGCGUAUGUUGAUUGUGCAUCGCAAUACAAAGAUGCAGUACCACUGACGAUGAAACAAAUCGACGUUAUUAAAAGAUUAGUCGCCAAAUAUCCGAACGAUAUGCAAUUUGUAACGGAAGCAAAAAAUAUCGAAGAAGCGUGGAAGAAUGGAAAAAUUGCUUCUCUAAUCGGUGUCGAAGGUGGUCACUCCAUGGAUUCUAGUUUGGCAAUACUCCGGCUCUACUACGAGCUUGGUGUACGUUAUAUGACACUGACUCAUAUGUGUAACACACCAUGGGCUGAUGCAUCCAUAGUGAACGAUAACUCUGUUCACAACCUCACGAACUUCGGUGAAGCUGUUAUUUAUGAAAUGAACCGAUUAGGAAUGUUGGUCGAUUUAUCGCAUGUAUCCCACAACGUUAUGAGACAUACGCUCUCAAUAACGAAGGCCCCUAUUAUAUUCUCCCAUUCAUCCGCUUUUAGCGUUUGUCACAAUUACCGUAAUGUUCCUGAUGAUGUUUUACUCAUGGUUAAAGCGAACAACGGCGUGGUAAUGGUGAACUUUUACUCAGGUUUUGUAAAUUGCAAUUCUUCAAGAAAAGCAACUAUCCACGAUGUCGUAGAUCACAUCAAUUACAUUCGUAAUCUUAUCGGAGCGGAUCACGUUGGUAUUGGUGCUGAUUUCGAUGGUGUACUAAGAAUGCCGGAGGGUUUGGAAGACGUAUCUAAAUAUCCAGAUCUAUUCGACCUGAUCUUCGAGAGUAACGUUGAACCACGAUGGACCAAAGAGGAACUUGAGAAAUUAGCUGGCAGAAAUUUGAUCCGUGUAUUCCAAGCUGUAGAAAACGUAAGAGAUACAUUGGCAAAGACAGAGUCACCACGACAGGAUAUCAUAGAUGUAAGAGAUGUCUCCGAAGCUGAAGUAAUUAGCCAUAUUCAACCAGGUUUAUGUCAGACCUCAAAAGAAUGGGACGACAUUAGAAAUAACAGUACAUCGCGACAAUAACACGACAUUUAUUUAAAGCAAAAAAUAAAAUGGCUCGAUAUUUUACAGGUAAAAUUUAUUUUCAUACGACACUCCAAUAUAUAAGAUCAAACU